UUUAUUAUACUAUAUUGUAAAAUUAUUAAAUUUAUUUCGAGAUAAAUAAAAUAAAAUUAAGUUAAUAUAAGAUGAUUAAAGUGGGAGUUCCGAUAUCAGCUCCCACCGACGAAGAUUUUGCUCUAAAUAGCCGCCCGGUGCGGUGUCCAUGCGGAGCACCAUCCCGACAUCUCGCUAUCAGCAUUCGACAUUACUCUUCGAACGCAGACAUGAACGGCAGCCACCAGCACAUCGCCACCGGCUCCGGCAACAUCCCGACGAAUCGGGCGAACUGGACGCCGGAGGAGAACAAGGCGUUCGAGAAAGCCCUCGUCGACAUGCCGGACGAAACCCCGGACCGUUGGCUUCGGAUCGCGUCGCAGAUCCCGAGCAAGUCGCCGGAAGACAUCCAUCUCCAUUACAUCGCCCUUCUCCACGACAUCGCCCUCAUCGAUUCAGGCGGAUUCGAUCUGCCCGAAUAUGAUGAAGACGAGGACGAUCCCAUCGGCCGAUCGCCGGAUCAGCAGCCGGCGAAGGAUGGGAGGAGGAAAGGGGUUCCGUGGACGGAGGAUGAGCACAGGAGGUUUUUGGAGGGGCUGGAGAGAUUUGGGAGAGGGGAUUGGAGGAAUAUAUCGAGAUGGGCGGUGAAGACGAGGACGCCGACUCAGGUGGCGAGCCACGCGCAGAAGUUUUAUCUGAGGCAGAAUGUGAAGAAGGAGAGCAAGAGGAAGAGUAUUCAUGACAUCACUUCUUGAGAGCAAGAGGUGAAGGGGUGGGAUAAGUUGUGCAUGGUGGUAUAUGAUAAGGAUAUUAUUAUUAUGAAUUAUUAUGUUUCUUU